AUGGUGGCGGAGUGCGCGCGCGGGACAGUAAUGGCUGCCCUAGAUCGGCGGAUUUCUAUCCUUGAUGAAUUUGUAGGGCAGAGCUGGAACACCUGGGUAGAUAAGGCCGACGUUUCCACACCGGAGGGGACCUCUGGGGAAGAGUGCAGCAAGAAUGUGAAAAAAAGGUUGGAAACCAUGACUCUUAGAAAAGAGGACAUGUGCAUAUAUGGACACUGCCCAGCGCAGGAUGAAUUCUAUUUGGUGGUGUGCAGCCACUGUGGGCAAGUGGUGAAGCCGCAAGCUUUUGAGAAGCACUGUGAGCGACGCCAUGGUCCCCUCAGCAAGCUCUGUGGCCCUCACUCUUCCCUUUCAUCUCCUCCGCCACACUGGCCACAACAGGGACGACCACCCACCCAGCACAGUGGUCUUCAUGACAGCAGGGAGGGAAAGCAGCAAGGGGCUGGACCCCCUCGAAUUCCACCACUGCAUCCUCCCAUCCACAAAUCUCCAAAAGCCCAGAAGGAUGGAACCAGUAUUUUGCAGCUUGAUAAGUUCUCCCAUGGGAGCCCUUCGUCACCUCCGUAUUUGUGCACACCAACUCCUCGAGACCUACCAUGGCAUCCGGGGUCUACGCCACCCAAAAAGCCCCUUCCUUCAGAGAAGCCACUGCAGAAGGGAACGGACGUGCACAAGCCCCUGCCUGGACCCAGGACGUACAGCAGAACUUACAAAAAAGUUCCCAAGAAGGAAUGCGACUUGGAUAAGCACUGUGGAGUUCUUGAUCCUGAAAGGAAAAAACUCUGCACUAGGCUGCUUACAUGUAAUAUUCACUCUAUCCACCAGCGCAGGCAGGUGGUGGGGAGGAGUAAGAGCUUUGAUCAACUGGUUUUGGAACUGAAAAUGAGCUCUAAAGCUCGGGAGCGGGCUCCUCCUGUGAUUAGAGAUGUGCCUGAAGAAAGUUCUCCUUGUCCUCAGGCCCCCACAGGAGAUCCAGUGCCCCAGCCCUGCAGGCGCCAGAUAGCCAGCUAUGUUUCUCUCAGGUCCAGGACUCCAUCAGAGAGUGGUGUGGAGGUGGAGGAGCGAGGGCUGUGCUCUGAGGAGGGAGAAGGCAUACCAGCCCAGUGCCCUCCACCUCAUUCAGCCUCUCUCUCCAGUGAGGAAAGCGAUGGUGAAAACCAGGAAGAAUCCACGGAUCUACCCACCAGCACCUGCCACCCCAAACCUUUGGGGCUGUGUACUUUUGGCGCGCGUGUGCUGGGAUGUAGCGUGUUGGCGUUUGACCGCAGGCUCUUCCACCUGCGCUCUGCGCUCAGUGCCAUGGUGGAGCACCAUCUCAGCGCCCACCUGUGGAAGAAAAUCCCUCAGGUGUCCGAGCUGCGCUCUCAUCACUCUCCAUUAGCCUUCACAUCUGCUUCUCAAUCCCACAAUGCUGUCCGCAGCCCACCUAGCAGAGUCCCUGCCCCGAGUGCCUCCUCUCUUAGGACUAGCACCUCCUCUGUCCCCAGACGUCCCCUUGGGGACACCAGCACCUCAGGACAAUCAGAGCCUAGGGCAUCCAACCGAACGCCCCCUUCCAAAACCCUGACCAAAGCCCCCGAAGCCUCUGGCCCCGGCCGACCUCGGAACCCUGUGGGCCGCCCCAGCAAGCAAACUGUGCAGGCCAGGCUUGGGCAGCUGCAGGACAGCCCCACGGCCAGAAAGCGCAAGAAGUCUCCCCCGCAGGAAGAAGACUCAAAGGGCCAGAGCAGGAGCUUCUCCGGCCCGAAAGAUCGACAACCUUCCUCAGCCAGACCAUCCCUCUCCCCUUCUCAUGGACCAAUCAAUGGCGUCUUUUCGCCAGGCAGUAAGCCACAGCCACAGCUCCACGUUUCUGAGAUGCAGGGCUUGGCCAAGCAAAGCCCCACCCCUAUCCCUUCCCACAUGUCUCCACCCUCUCCCCCAGAAUCCUCCUCUAAUGAUGGUGGAGGUGCCUCAGGGCUGCACCGGAAGGCUCUUGGCCACGAUCACAAAGGUCCCAGCAGGAAACGCAAGACCAGCGGUGCCUCUUCCCCCGAGCCUCCCUCACGCCACCCCAAACCCAACAGCCUGUCCUCCUCCCACUCCCCUUCCAGCCUGUUCUCCUGGAGGAGAGACAGCAAGACAAGGCCAGUCUCACUCAGUAUGGAGAAGAAACUGGAUGCACAGAAGCCAAAGCUUCAUCACUGAGGGCAGUCUGCCUUAAAACCCACCAGGAGUUAAAAGCCUACUGCCAUGUUUUGCCACAAACUUUAUGCACAGGACGUUCAAAGCGUUUGCAAUUCACCCCAGGAGGAUGUAAGUGUGUAUGUUUUUGUGUGUGUGGGUGUGUGUGAGAGAGAAUUUUGUACAUUGAAUUUAUGUAUGUGAAUGGAUGAAUUGAAUUCCUGUGUGUGAGUAUAGAAAUACCUCAAGUCCUACCUUAUGCUGCUAAACAAUGUCAGAUGUUGAAAUAUAAAAUAAAUAUCCCAUACACUUGAAUGAAUACCUUUCUCCAUUGUCAUACUGUUGUAAGAUGCAGUCAUCCCCUCUCACCACUAGAUGUCGAUGCAUCAUCACUUUGUUCAGGCUCAUGUGGUCACCAGGCCUGAACAAUUAGAAUAUAAACAUGGUUAUGACA